AAGAGCCUGGGCUGUUCUUCCCAAUUCAACUUCGGGAGGAUUUAGGACGCCGACGCUUCUAUUAAGCUUCUCUUGUGGAUUUACAAAUUGAGGAGCGUUGGAGGCUUUUGGGGAAAAGCCCUCCCCCCUCGUCCACCAGCCCUCCCUUUUGGCAUGAGCCUGUCGACAGGCUCCACCUGGAGACAAUGAUCGCAGAGUUUGUCCACUUCUAUCUCUUUGGAUUAGUAUGUCUCUCUUCAGGUUCUCGUCUUCGUCAGGAGGAUUUCCCACCUCGAAUAGUUGAACAUCCGUCGGAUCUAAUUGUUUCUAAAGGAGAACCAGCAACUUUGAACUGUAAGGCUGAAGGCAGGCCAGUACCAACUAUUGAAUGGUAUAAAGGAGGGGAAAGGGUAGAAACUGACAAAGACGAUCCUCGUUCACAUCGGAUGUUGUUGCCAAGUGGAUCUUUAUUUUUCUUGCGCAUAGUUCAUGGCCGUAAAAGUAGGCCUGAUGAAGGAGUCUACGUUUGUGUAGCAAGGAAUUAUCUUGGUGAAGCUGUUAGCCACAAUGCAUCACUGGAAGUAGCAAGUAAGUCCUCCUUUCCUCUCUUUUUGUAGCAGCUAUUUUAUUGUAAGUUGCUUGUGUUGAACUUUAAGAAAAAAGAUAAGGUUAGAAAUAGUUGGGUUUGUGGGAAAAGAACUUGUUUGAUUUAACUGUGUAAUACUAGCUUUCUGCCAGCGUCUGUAUGGAAUAAUGCAUGUAUGGAAGCAGACAAUGAACUUGGCUGAGUGGAUAAAUGUGGCUAUGUGAGUUGGAAUAACUACAUUUGUUUUGUUGUUUUGAAAUACAAGAAGCUAGUUUUAUUAAGAAAGAGUUAAAAUAGCAACAAAAACAAAAACAACAUCAGAGUGGUAUGGAGUAAAAUAUGAAGAAUCAUUUUAAGCAAUUUAGGUAGCCCAAAAUUGAGUCAGAUCAAUACUAACAGAAACAACAAUAGUCUUGUACACGUUUGUAUCUACUUGGUGUACAGUAGCACAUUUUCUAAUUCAUUUCAGUUGCCUUGCAUUUUUGUCAUGGUAAUAGAUCUCAAACUUUAAUUUACUGUGCACUUAUUGUUUGGUUUUCGUUCAUAUUGGUGUGUGUAGUGCUAGUCCUCCAGAGCUGUUGCCACCUAGGUAUGCACUGUUGAUCAUCAAACCCAAGAUGUGUUCUGUGCAGUGUUCUUAAUAAAGAACACUUUAAAAGUGUCUUUUGUGAAACAUUGGCAUAAGUAAGGGUUUUGCCACAGUUUUCAGAUACAGUAAGUAAUGAAUCCUUAUCCUUGUAAUUUCUGUGUUAAAAUAAUUUAAUGUACUUUGUGGGUGCCUUGUAAACAUUUAUGUCUUUCUUCUCUUGUCCUAUCUGGAAAGUUAUAUAUAUAUUUGCAUUUUUUGAUAAUAUGUAUCAAAUUAUGUAAUUUAAUGUUGAUUAAAUGACCUGUAAGA